CCAUUUCAUCAGAGAAUGAAGAAGAUCUUUUCAUCAGAGACCAUGGACAUCCCCGACGGCGUGAACAUCAAGGUUGAAGGCCCUCGCGGGGAUUUCCAGCUCAUCACCGAUGAGAACGGCAAGAAGAAGCUCAAGAUCGAGGCCUGGUUCGGUACCCACAAGAUGAGGCUCGUCUAUGCCCAUUUUCCCAUCAUUGCUAGCAUCACUAAUCACAACAAGGGCAUCAAGAUCCAUAGCUUUCUACUUUUCGUGAGGAAAGUGGAUAUGCUUGAUGGAGUUUCCAUUGUGCGAUCUGAGAAGGUGAAGGAUGAGUUGGUUUUCGAUGGAAAUGACAUUGAGCUUGUUUCUAGGUCAUGUGCCCUUAUCAAUCAGAACAAGGAUAUCAGGAAGUUUCUUGAUGGUAUUUAUGUUAGUGAGAAGGGGACCGCAUUAAUAAAGAAGGUGGUGAAAAAGAUCGUUAUGGGGAAAAAGAUUGGAGCAUGUAUUUAGUAGAAAGUCUAAAUUAAGGGUAUGUGUUUAUCUAUACUUGCAGUUUUUGUUCAUCAGAUUCAUUAUGUAAUGAAUGAGCUAGUUAUACUGGUUGAGAGAUAGUUAGUGCAAUGUACU